AUGUCUGAUCCUUCCGAUGCCUUAUCACAGAAAAGACAAAUACAAGAUCAAGCCGGUCCGAACAAUACGAAGAAAUUUAAACCAAAUGGUCAAAAUGUCACUGAAGAUCCAGAUAUUCAAAGUUCAAUGAAUAUUAUUCAAACCCAAAAUAAUUUAAAUCAGCCUUCAAACCUAGCGACUAUUCAGUUACAAUCAGGUACAGGACUAUCAUCCGUGCCUAAUGUGUCUGAAACUAAAACACAGCAAGAGCAGGAAAAACAAGAUACAUCCAAAUUAAAUGAUGCAAUUGCAGCGGCGGGUGUCGAUAUACAGAGAGAAGAAGAAUUGCUUUUACAACAACAACAAUCAAGAAGGUUUGAGGGUCUUCAAGAUAGACCAUCUUUUACUACUACAUCAAAGACUACGCCAUUUUUGAAUCCAUAUCAUUUAGCUGCUUUCAUUGAUAAAAUAGCUAAAACUCGUCAAAUAAACCAAAAUUUUUUAGAAGACGGAGACAUGUUAAAUCUAAUUUCAGCCGCUUGUGAGAAUUGGAUUGCCCAUAUAGCCAGCAAAACCUUGAUACUAUCACGCCAUAGAAGAAGAGGUAUUGUGACAUCUUCUACCAAAAAAAAUACAUCUUCAUCCUCUUCAUCAUCGUCUUUUCAAAGAUCAGGUGUGAGUCGAGAGUUGAGAAAUAUGGCAUUGAGACAAAAAGAAAUGGAAGAAAAAAGAGUUCAAAAAAGAUUAGCAUUAGGUUUGGAAAAAAGUUCACAUGAUUCAACAAACGAAGAAAAUAAUGAUGGAAAAGCUGGCGCUGAAGAUUCUAUGCACAGAGCUGCCAACGCCACUGCGUCUAUGAUGACCAUGGGUAAGAAGAAGUAUAGUUGGAUGAAUGCUGGAGGUGGGAAUUCAAGUGGAGCAGAUUUUGAUAAAGGAAGCAACGGAGUUAAAAACAGGCAAAGUCCGAUCAUAGCAAUAAGAGGAGAUAAUGGACUAAGAUAUAGAGAAGUCAGAUCAGGUAACUCUAUAGUGUUGAAGGAUUUGCUAGGAGCUAUUGAAGAUCAAAAAAAAGGAACACAACAUGCUAUUGUCAAAGGUUAUGCGAAAUUGAGAGAUUAG